AUGGACUUGAAUUCAAAUCACAACAUCUCUCCUCAACAUCGACAUCAACUGCAACUCAACCAGAUGAAGUUCUGGGCCGAGACUGUCACUAAUAACUUCAUUUUUAUUGUUUUCAACAGUCAUUGUUGUGUGAACAUCGUCACCAUCAGCCAGAACUCAUCAUAUCAACAUGUCAAUGGCAUUAAUGGGCAUGCAAUGAACAUGCAUGUCACCAAGACGCCACAGCAGCCAGCACCAAUUCAGGUUGCCGGUGACCAUCCUACUGUUAAGACCGUGCUCAAGGGGCGGAUCCGAAGGGCUUGGCUUCAGCUCGUGCGCUGCGCCCCUUACCUGAUACACCCGGAGAAUAGGGGCUUUAGUCCGGCGGACGUGGGGGACAGAACAGACAGGUGUAAGGAUGGAAAGACAGGAAGUCCGAGAGGACAGAAGGACAGGAAGUCUGAGAAGGUGGAAGCUAGAGAGGUAGACUACCCGAAGGUAGAGGUGGAGUAUAGCCCGAGGAAUCAAUCCCAGGACACAGAGGUUGGACAGGGAAGUGGACCCGGGCCCAUGGAAAUGGAUCCGGGUCCGAGGAGACAGGAAUGA